CCCGCACCUCCCUCCCUCCCUCCCCACCACACUACACUACACCCCACAACUCCGACUGUGAAUGGCGAACACUUUCACUUUGUUCCACACGGACGGCCGCCGCAAUUACCUCGUUACCACUUCCUGAUAGAGUACUAAGUUUACAUAGUCUGUCGUGCCGCUGCAAGUGAAACCACCAUGCAGUUGUGUUUGGAGAGAAGGUUCUUCUGCUGCUAACCAGAACGGCAAGCUGAAGAGGAAAUUGGCUCCAUUGGAUAUUGUCUUGGUGGUGUGUGGUGCAUAGGUGCGGCUCCUCACGGCAGCACAUGGCUCGAUUAUUUAGGUGGUUCGGAGACUUCAGGAGGAAAAAGAACCGGGGCCAAAAUGGCAGCUCGUGCCCGCAGCCGAGCAGCAGAGCGACAGGUCCGUGUAAGAGCCGGAGCUCCCCACAGACCACCGUGGCCGCUGCUGCCUCCUCGUCCUGCAGGUUCGACUGCAAGUCCCGAUGGAGCAAGCAGUACGAUGUGUGUAUUUGCCACGCUGAGGAUGACGUGAUCUACGUGCAGGACCUGGUGGCUUACCUGGAGCUCAGGCCACACAGUCUCCGCUGCUUCCUGCAGCUCCGGGACUUGGUGCCAGGGGGCGCCAUCUGCACCGAGCUGUGCCAGGCCGUCCGGCAGAGCCACUGUUGGGUCCUGGUCAUCUCGCCAGCCUUCAUUAAGGACCCUUGGUGCGGGUACCAGAUGCAGCAAGCUUUGUCCGAAUCCCCAAAGGCUAACGGGAGGGUCAUUCCCGUCCGCAUGCAGCUGGAGCGCAAGGACUACCCGCUGGAGCUCCGCUUCAUGUUCGGAAUCGACGUCGGAAAGGAAAAGGAGAAUGGCUUCCAGAGGAUCAAGCGAGCUAUACUGUACAAUCUUGAGGAGCUCUGCAGGAAAAAUGCAGAAGAGCAACAACACACAGACACUGAGAGCCGCACAGCGACUGCCGGCAACACCGCAGACUCGAGUGGACCUUGCUGAGAACAUGACGGACAAGGCACACGAUGUCACCGUCGACGAGUUGGGAACAGACAAUGGAGGAGUCAGACCCAGCAUUUAAACUGGAAAGCUUGUUGGUGUAGUGUUGUAUUGUAUGUAAUUUAGUAUCUGUCUGAAUCCCUGUGUGUGGUGGAUACCUCUCUGUUACUUUAUCUGCUCUUUGUAAGUGUGUUUAUAUCUGUUCUGUAUAAUUUGAACGUGCAGCGCAUUGUGUGUGUAUGUAUGUCAUAGUCAUAUAGCAUAGGAACAGGCCCUUCGGCCCUACAUCCCCAUGCUGACCACCUGCCCACAUUUGGCCCAUGUCCUUCUAACCUUUCCUAUCCAUCUACCUGUUCAAAUGUCUUUUAAAUGUUGUUUUACCUGCCAUAACUACCUCCUCUGGCAGCUCCUCCCAUACACCCUCUCGGUGAAAAAGAUGCCUCUCAGGUUCCUAUUAAACCUUUCCACUCUCACCUUAAAGCUAUGUCCCCUGGUUCUUAGAUAUAACUCUUAGAGCUAACGGAACCAAGUGAUAUGGGGAGAAAGCAGGAACAGGGUAGUGAUUCUGGAUGAUCAGCCAUGAUCAUAUUGAAUGGCGGUGCUGGCUCGAAGGGCCAAAUGGCCUACUCUUGUGUGAUGAUACAGUCCUUGACCAGCCUAUUCCCCUCGUGUGUCAGUCCGUCUGCUUCCCCAGAGAGCGGGUGUGCGGGUGCUGGCGAGGGCUCUGCCAGGCUUAUAGAUAACCAGUGAACAUUAACAUGGGACAAUCUUUGACCUGAGCCCUGGAUCUGGUGCCCGUGUUGAACGCAGAUACAAACACGUGGUCGGACCUCUGGAGAUACGUUUUUAAAUG